AUGACGGGAUGGGGAAGGGGCAAAGGACAGCAACCUAAGGCUGGGGAGCCGGAAAAACUGCCCGGCGAUUCCAAAAAAGGAGCCCAAAGUGGAACGGGGCUGCCUCCGGUGGGCGUGGGUAGCCCUUCCCUCAGCGGAGGUGUUCAGGCAAAGGCUGGACCAGCCACUUGUCUGGAAUGUUCUAGAAGGGAUUCUUGUGGCAGGACGGGUCGGACCAGAGGGAAGGUCCCAUCCCACUGCGAGAUGCUCCAAGUCAGCGAUUUCUGUGGCUCACUGAAUCGCCUGGAUGCCCCUGUGCUGGGCGUUGGCAUUACCCCAAAGCCUUCUCUUUCUCACCACCCUGGUCCUGGGUCUCGUUGGGGUGGCCCGAGGUGGCCCAGCCAGCUGUUCGGGGGCCGGGUGGUGGCGGCGGCAGCCGCUUGUCGUCUGGAUGACAAGGAGAGUGAAUCUUGGGGGGCCCUGCUGAGCGCGGAGCGGCUGGAUGCCUGGAUUUGCUCCCUCGUUGGCUCGCUCAUGGUGGGGCUCAGCGGGGUCUUACCUCUGCUGGUCAUUCCCCUGGAGACGGGCGCUGCCCUCCGAUCUGAAGCUGGAUCCCACCGCCUGAAGCAGCUGCUGAGCUUUGCCCUGGGGGGGCUCCUGGGGAACGUGUUUCUGCACCUGCUCCCGGAGGCCUGGGCAUCCACGUGCAGUGCCACCCCCGGUGGGGGAGGGCAGAGCCUGCAGCAGCAGCAGCUCCUGGGGCUUUGGGUCAUUGCCGGCUUCCUGACCUUCCUGGGGCUGGAGAAGGCGUUCCUAGACAGCAAGGAGAAGGACCGGCCCAGCCAGGCCCCCAUCAAAGACCCGGCUGCUGCCGUGGCGCAAGAGGGCCGCUGCCUGGCCCUGCCGGCUGCAGUACCAGGCCUGAGCAUUGAGGUCCAGAAAAUCAAAAUCAGUGGCUAUCUCAAUCUGUUGGCAAACACCAUCGACAACUUCACACAUGGGCUGGCUGUAGCUGCCAGCUUCCUGGUGAGCAAGAAGAUCGGGCUUCUGACCACGAUGGCUAUUCUGCUCCACGAGAUCCCCCACGAGGUAGGUGAUUUUGCAAUCCUGCUUCGGGCUGGCUUUGACCGAUGGAGUGCAGCCAAGCUGCAGCUCUGGACAGCGCUGGGGGGCAUCCUUGGUGCCUGCUUUGCCAUCUGUGCCCAGUCACCCAAGGGAGCAGGGGAGACCAUUGCCUGGAUCCUCCCCUUCACGUCAGGGGGCUUUCUCUACAUUGCCUUGGUCAAUGUGCUGCCAGACCUCUUGGAGGAAGAGAACCCUUGGAACUCCCCUGCAGCAGGUGCUAUUGCUGUUCACGGGCAUCGUGAUGAUGGUGCUCUUCUCGCUCCUGCUGAGUAACACCCCCGGGGAUACCCCUUGCCCC